AUCGCCCUGCCCCUGCUCUUCGCGGGCAUCCUCAUUGUGCUGCGUCAGCGCGUGCCCUUCAAGGACUACCCCAACGCCACCCUCUACCAGAGCUUCUCCGUGGAUGGCCUGCCCUACCCACUGGACCAGUUCUACCAUCACUACCAGUUGGCCUACGUGCCGGGCAACGCCAGUGUGGUGCGGCGGGUGGCGGAGGACGUGCAGCGCAGCCUAGGCCCCGCCAUCAGUUCAGGUGAGUAAAGGCGAGAGUGUGAGGGCUGUGGAGAGCCUAGAAAUAGAAUGGUGACGAGGAUGUGGCAGAGUGGAGCUUUUAACCAUGGUUGUAGCCAUAUGGUUCUGAUGAUGUGAUGAUGAUAGUGAUGAUAGUGAUGAUGAUGGUUUAGAUGGGAACGGAUGAUGAUGUUGAGUUUGACUAAAACCUCAGAACACAAGAUGAUCCUCUGCUGGAAAAAACAAUACUGUCUUAUCAUGAAAACAAGCUAAUUUCUGCCAGUUUAAGUGCAUCCUAUAGUGAGAGGCCAUCUCAUAGAGAGAAGAUGGGACUGGUCUACCAAGUCUUUGUAGCGGUUUGGGUCAGAGGCUCCGUCUGUCUGUCCAGCCUGUGUCUGUGUUCUGCUGUGAGGUGACUGGGACCUAAUCUCUGUGCUGGUCACUGUCCUGCAUGGAGUUGUAUCUUAUAAUGGAUGCAAAAAUUGAUGGAAAAUGUAAUGCAAACCCUAAUGCAAAUGUCACAGUUUAGUUUGGGUUGCCCAGGUGUAGUCAGUGUGUCAUUGUCUCGAACAGAGAACAUUAUUGCCUUUGUUGAGUUCAAUUUCAUUUGGGGUUACUUACAGCUUGCCUGUGUGUGCGUGAAAGCUUGUUACUGCAUCCUGACCUGUGAAAGAUGACCCCUUAGCUGUUCAGAGGAAGGUUGUAUGGCCAUACACAACAUCAGGACAAUAAUUUUAUCAUCACUUAAGUGCAGAUUUGUGAGAUUCUAUAAGCAUGGACCUGUAAAAAUCAUUGGCUAUAGUGUUAAAGAAAGCCCUGAGCAUUUGAAACCCAGUCACAUACAAUACUGUUACUGUAAUGACCCCAUUUUCCCUGGAAAGCAAAGCCCACAUUGCCAUUCAUUGAAUUACUAGAUUGAAUCACACUUUUGUCCCAGUGCCCUGUAGGUCAAUGAUCUCUUCCUGUGGCAUGCAUUUAGCCAAUUACACUCUAUGCUAGGCAUUAUGGGUGGAAGUUGCAGUUUCUGUGACCAGUGGCACAGCUUUGAUACUGUAAAGGCAAAUCUAUUCAAUAGGAAUCUACUAUGUUAUAGUUAAGCCUGUGUCACUGCCUUGUAUGUUGUUGUACUGUUGUAGGCUGAUCUAUUCAAUAGGAAUCUACAAAUGUUGUUAUAGUGGGCUCUGUAGCCUGUUAUAGUAGGCUGUUAUAGUAGCCUGUUAUAGUGGGCUCUGUAACCUAUUAUAGUAGGGCCUGUAGCCUGUUAUAGUGGGCUCUGUAGCCUAUUAUAGUGGGCCUGUAGCCUGUUAUAGUGGGGCCUGUAGCCUGUUAUAGUGGGGCCUGUAGCCUGUUAUAGUAGGCCCUGUAGCCUGUUGUAGUAGGCACUGUAGCCUGUUAUAGUAGGCCCUGUAUCCUGUUAUAGUAGGCCCUGUAGCCUGUUAUAGUGGGCCCUGUAGCCUGUUGUAGUGGGCCCUGUAGCCUGUUAUAGUGGGCCUGUAGCCUGUUAUAGAGGGCCUGUAGCCUGUUAUAGUGGGCCCUGUAGCCUGUUAUAGUGGGCCUGUAGCCUGUUAUAGCGGGCCCUGUAGCCUGUUGUAGCGGGCCCUGUAGCCUGUUGUAGCGGGCCCUGUAGCCUGUUGUAGCGGGCCCUGUAGCCUGUUGUAGCGGGCCCUGUAGCCUGUUGUAGCGGGCCCUGUAGCCUGUUGUAGUGGGCCCUGUAGCACUGUUGUAGUGGGCCUUGUAGCCUGUUGUAGUGGGCCUUGUAGCCUGUUGUAGUGGGCCCUGUAGCCUGUUGUAGUGGGCCCUGUAGCCUGUUGUAGUGGGCCCUGUAGCCUGUUGUAGUGGGCCCUGUAGCCUGUUGUAGUGGGCCCUGUAGCCGUUAUUUUGGAUACCAUGGCUAUGCCCCCAUAGGAUGACAAUGCCCCCAUCCACAGGGCACGAGUGGUCACUGAAUGGUUUGAUGAGCAUGAAAAUGAUGUAAACCAUAUGCCAUGGCCGUCUCAGUCACCAGAUCUCAACCCAAUUUAACACUUAUCAGGGGGUUUUGGAGCGGCGCCUGAGACAGUGUUUUCCACCACCAUCAACAAAACAACAACUGAUGGAAGAAAGGUGUCGCAUACCUCUAAUAGAGUCCCAGACACUUGUAGAAUGUAUGCCAAGGCACAUUGAAGCUGUUCUGGCUCGUGGUGGCCCAACACCCUAUUAAGACACUUUAUGUUGGUGUUUCCUGUUACCUGUAGGCUCAUCUAUGAAAUAUGGCUGAAUGUUGUUGUGCUAGUAUAGCAUGUACCACUGCCCUGGUGUUAUUGUAGGCUCACAUAACAGCCUCAGCUGACCUGAGAAUACUGGUUCCUCCAGAAACGUUUCCUGAGUCCUCAGGACCCACAGGACACAUUAACACACACACCACACACACACACAAUGGAAGUGCAUCUAGGCUGAGCUGCUCCAUUUACAUUUACAUUUUAGUCAUUUAGCAGACGCUCUUAUCCAGAGCGACUUACAGUUAGUGAAUACCUUUUAUUUUUUUUAUUUUUUUAUACUGGCCCCCCGUGGGAAUCGAACCCACAACCCUGGCGUUGCAAACGCCAUGCUCUAUCAACUGAGCUACAUCCCUGCCGGCCAUUCCCUCCCCUACCCUGGACGACGCUGGGCCAAUUGUGCGCCGCCCAUGAGUCUCCCGGUCGCGGCCGGCUGCGACAGAGCCUGGAUUUGAACCAGGAUCUCUAGUGGCACAGCCUUAGACCACUGCCCCACUCAGGAGAGUUGCUCCCAUAGAGUGCUUGUUUACACUGGUGUGGUUUGGCAGCAGCUUUCAUUGAACUGUUUUAAAAUGAGAGCGCUUGUAUGUGCGUGUGGGCCUGAAUACCAGUGCUCAAGAUAAGGUAAACAGAGUAAGUUGAAAUCUAUAGGAUAGGUAGACAAAUAAAUGGAAAAGAUCAUUUGAGCUGUAGAUGUGAUAUUGUUUGUUUUCCAUAACUGGAACACGGGGUGAAAUUGAGGCUUAUUUCAACACUUCACUGUGUCUAUAUCAUACCACUGUUAUAUCAGCCUGUUGUGUGUUCAGCUGGCUUUCAUAUCAGGGUAGUACAGAUAGUGUGUGUGUGUGUCUCUCUCUCGAUGUCAACUGGUAGAAUUCACAAGGUUAAAGGGAGAGUACGGUGUGGGUAGACAUGUCAUGGGAAUUUCUCACUUCAACUAAUGUCAAUCUCUCUCUGUUUGCCCCAACAGUGCGUGGGUUUGAGACGGAGGAGCAGUUUGAGGACUUUGUGAGGAAGGACCCUCUGUCUCGGAAGGUUCUGGCUGCUGUGGUGUUUGAGCACUCCUUCACUCACGAUGACGAGCCACUGCCCCAACAGGUUGGUUUAACAGUGUAUUCAUAUAGUUUGUAUUGCACUUAGGGCUGACCCCAAUUAGUCGACUGGUCGAUUGUUUGGUCGAUAGGCUGUUGGUUGACAAAUAUUUUUUUUAGUUGCGCUGUAGCAAAUAUAAAUUAUAUACACUGCUCAAAAAAAUAAAGGGAACACUUAAACAACACAAUGUAACUCCAAGUCAAUCACACUUCUGUGAAAUCAAACUGUCCACUUAGGAAGCAACACUGAUUGACAAUAAAUUUCACAUGCUGUUGUGCAAAUGGAAUAGACAACAGGUGGAAAUUAUAGGCAAUUAGCAAGACACCCCCCAAUAAAGGACUGGUUUUGCAGGUGGUGACCACAGACCACUUCUCAGUUCCUAUGCUUCCUGUGUGAUGUUUUGGUCACUUUUGAAUGCUGGCGGUGCGUUCACUCUAGUGGUAGCAUGAGACGGAGUCUACAACCCACACAAGUGGCUCAGGUAGUGCAGCUCAUCCAGGAUGGCACAUCAAUGCGAGCUGUGGCAAGAAGGUUUGCUGUGUCUGUCAGCGUAGUGUCCAGAGCAUGGAGGCGCUACCAGGAGACAGGCCAGUACAUCAGGAGACGUGGAGGAGGCCGUAGGAGGGCAACAACCCAGCAGCAGGACUGCUACCGCCGCCUUUGUGCAAUGAGGAGCAGGAGGAGCACUGCCAGAGCCCUGCAAAAUGACCUCCAGCAGGCCACAAAUGUGCAUGUGUCUGCUCAAACGGUCAGAAACAGACUCCAUGAGGGUGGUAUGAGGGCCCGACGUCCACAGGUGGGGGUUGUGCUUACAGCCCAACACCGUGCAGGACGUUUGGCAUUUGCCAGAGAACACCAAUAUUGGCAAAUUUGCCACUGGCGCCCUGUGCUCUUCACAGAUGAAAGCAGGUUCACACUGAGCACGUGACAGACGUGACAGUCUGGAGACGCCGUGGAGAACGUUCUGCUGCCUGCAACAUCCUCCAGCAUGACCGGUUUGGCGGUGGGUCAGUCAUGGUGUGGGGUGGCAUUUCUUUGAGGGGCCGCACAGCCCUCCAUGUGCUCGCCAGAGGUAGCCUGACUGCCAUUAGGUACCGAGAUGAGAUCCUCAGACCCCUUGUGGGACCAUAUGCUGGUGCGGUUGGCCUUGGGUUCCUCCUAAUGCAAGACAAUGCUAGACCUCAUGUGGCUGGAGUGUGUCAGCAGUUCCUGCAAGAGGAAGGCAUUGAUGCUAUGGACCGCCCGUUCCCCAGACCUGAAUCCAAUUGAGCACAUCUGGGACAUCAUGUCUCGCUCCAUCCACCAACGCCACGUUGCACCACAGUCUGUCCAGGAGUUGGCGGAUGCUUUAGUCCAGGUCUGGGAGGAGAUCCCUCAGGAGACCAUCCGCCACCUCAUCAGGAGCAUGCCCAGGCAUUGUAGGGAGGUCAUACAGGCACGUGGAGGCCACACACACUACUGAGCCUCAUUUUGACUUGUUUUAAGGACAUUACAUCAAAGUUGGAUCAGCCUGUAGUGUGGUUUUCCACUUUAAUUUUGAGGGUGACUCCAAAUCCAGACCUCCAUGGGUUGAUAAAUUUGAUUUCCAUUGAUCAUUUUUGUGUGAUUUUGUUGUCAGAACAUUCAACUAUGUAAAGAAAAAAGUAUUUAAUAAGAUUAUUUCAUUCAUUCAGAUCUAGGAUGUGUUAUUUUAGUGUUCCCUUUAUUUUUUUGAGCAGUGUAUAUUUCUUAUGGCACAUGAGACGCCUGUCUUAUUCGCACCCAGCUCAGUGAAAUAAUCCAUUGCGGUGGCAGAGACUAGUCCAUUGCGGAGGCCGUGGGGAUGUUUACUUCACCUCAAACAGCAAGCAAACAAAGUCUAUUUUUACAUCCAUUGAGAAUGAAAAUAGUUCCUCGAUGUAUUUGAAAAAAAUUUCCAGCUCUCUCCCUUUCAAUAAUCACUCAGUGUGAAAGGGGAAAAUGUCAUGUUCUGAUCCAGUGGAAACGUCAUAAAAUAGGCUUACCUGGUUACUUCUUAUCCCUUGCGCAAAUAGCUUGCAAAUAGCCUACAGCUGUGUCUGUCCCAAGCUCCCUGGGGCAGGAAACUCUGAGGGCCCAGAAUAUUUUAUACAAUGUUGCAAGUUUGCUAGCUUCGGGCCAGACCCAAGUUAAUAGUUGUAAACCAUAACUGGCAUGCAGAUUGGUAGAAAUAGUAAGAUAAAGUGUCAUUCCACAUGAGAAAGAUUGCCAACUCCUUGUGUAGACUAUUACCGGAAACUUCAGGAGAGUAAGGGCAGAAUCUGCGAAAGCCAUCAGUUGUGGGAGGAAGAUGGUCAGGUUACGUUUAUUGUUUAUUUUUCUGGUUAUCUUGAUGUCUUGCUCCCUCUUGAGUCAUUUGUGUCUUAUUUCAUCAAAGUGUGCUUAAAGCAUCAGACAAGCUCAAUUACCAGUCGUGGUCAAACGUUUUGAGAAUGACACAAAUAUACAUUUUCACAAAGUCUGCUUCCUCAGUUUUUAUGAUGGCAAUUUGCAUAUACUCCAGAAUGUUAUGAAGAGUGAUCAGAUGAAUUGCAAUUAAUUGCAAAGUCCCUCUUUACCAUGAAAAUGAACUUAAUCCCCAAAAAACAUUUCCACUGCAUUUCAGCCCUGCCACAAAAGGACCAGCUGACAUCAUGUCAGUGAUUCUCUCGUUAACACAGGUGAGAGUGUUGAUGAGGACAAGGCUGGAGAUCACUCUGUCAUGCUGAUUGAGUUAGAAUAACAGACUGGAAGCUUUAAAAGGAGGGUGGUGCUUGAAAUCAUUGUUAUUCCUCUGUUAACCAUGGUUACCUGAAAGGAAACACGUGCCAUCAUCAUUGCUUUGCACAAAAAGGGCUUCACAGGCAAGGAUAUUGCUGCUAGUAAGAUUGCACCUAAAUCAACCAUUUAUCGGAUCAUCAAGAACUUCAAGGAGAGAGGUUCAAUUGUUGUGAAGAAGGCUUCAGGGCGCGCAAGAAAGUCCAGCAAGCGCCAGGACCGUCUCCUAAAGUUGAUUCAGCUGUGGGAUCGGGGAAACACCAGUACAGAGCUUGCUCAGGAAUGGCAGCAGGCAGGUGUGAGUGCAUCUGCACGCACAGUGAGGCAAAGACUUUUGGAGGAUGGCCUGGUGUCAAGAAGGGCAGCGAGGAAGCCACUUCUCUCCAGGAAAAACAUCAGGGACAGACUGAUAUUCUGCAAAAGGUACAGGGAUUGGACUGCUGAAGACUGGGGUAAAGUCAUUUUCUCUGAUGAAUCCCCUUUCUGAUUGUUUGGGGCAUCCGGAAAAAAGCUUGUCCGGAGAAGACAAGGUGAGCGCUACCAUCAGUCCUAUGUCAUGCCAACAAUAAAGCAUCCUGAGACCAUUCAUGUGUGGGGUUGCUUCUCAGCCAAGGGAGUGGGCUCACUCACAAUUUUGCCUAAGAACACAGCCAUGAAUAAAGAAUGGUACCAACACAUCCUCCGAGAGCAACUUCUCCCAACCAUCCAAGAACAGAUUGGUGACGAACAAUACCUUUUCCAGCAUGAUGGAGCACCUUGCCAUAAGGCAAAAGUGAUAACUAAGUGGCUCGGGAAACAAAACAUUGACAUUUUGGGUCCAUGGCCAGGAAACUCCCCAGACCUUAAUCCCAUUGAGAACUUGUGGUCGAUCCUCAAGAGGCGGGUGGAGAAACAAAAACCCACAAAUUCGGACAAACUCCAAGCAUUGAUUAUGCAAGAAUGGGCUGCCAUCAGUCAGGAUGUGGCCCAGAAGUUAAUUGACAGCAUGCCAGGGCGGAUUGCAGAGGUCUUGAAAAAGAAGGGUCAACACUGCAAAUAUUGACUCUUUGCAUAAACUUAAUGUAAUUGUCAAUAAAAGCCUUUGACACUUACGGAAUGCUUGUAAUUAUACUUCAGUAUACCAUAGUAACAUCUGACAAAAAUAUCUAAAAACACUGAAGCAGCAAACUUUGUGAAGCCCAAUACUUAUGUCAUUCUCAAAACUUUUGACCACGACUGUAUAUAGUUGAUUUUAUUCAAACACAUACGGUGUGUCUAUAUAUAGAAAAAUACAAUCGAUUGGUCAAAAGAACAGACUACUUUCGGUCAACUAAGAUGUUUUUUAGUCUGGGACAGCCCUACAUUUCGCACUGUAUGCCUGCCCGUUUCCUAACAAACCAAUAAACUGUGUCUUAGUUUGUUCAUUCAUCAUUGAUGAAGGAGACAUACAGGCUUCAAGACUGGGAAGGGAAGGGGUGAGGGAACGGGCGAGAAGGUAGAGGGGAUGGGGUAGAGGAGAUUCAUGGCAGUGAGCGUAUUUGGGGGAAUUGGGAAAGUCUCUUAUCUGAAUCCUGUCCUUUCUGGAUAGAGGGGGAAGACCUACCCUCUGAACCACGUGGAUGUGGUGUUGAUAGACAGAUAACACAUGCAUUUAUUACAGUAUGUUUGUGACCAGUCACACUGGCUGGACAGCUUCACUGUACUUGAACCUAGGGUGACCACAUUUAAAAUGCCCAAAUGCAGGACAACGGUAUGAUUUUGCGGGACAUUCAUGGGACAGUGUAGUCUACACUUGAAUAGUUUUUCCCAAGUUACACGCACACAAAUCUCCCUACUGCUGCACCGAGCGAGCUAAUUGAAGUGUACCUUGCCUACUGUUUUUCCUCAAGCAAAAUGUUGUGAUGCAUAAACGAGAGACCACUUGCGUGGCAGUUUUAUGGAAAUCUGGGAAUAUAUGGUCAAGGAAACAUUUCAGGUUGGUCUCAGGAAAUGUAAAACAGUUAGGAGGAGAGACUUUUUAAAAUGGGAUUGAGUGAAGUAGUAGCAAAUAUGUUGAGCAACUAAUGAGCAUGAAGAGCCUCACAAGUUUGACGAAAUGACCAUUCAGUCUAAUACGGCUAUUUACUUACUUUUGUAGCUCUUCGUUAGACGCACGCACGCUUUUUGUAAGUUGUUAACGAUCCUCUCCAAGUUUAGCUGGAAUUUAGCCUGAAAGGAUUUGACAAAUGUGAUUGGGUGAUGAUAUGACAUUGGCCUACUUCUCUUCUUGCGCUGUGCAGAAUAUCAGAUCUCAACAACGAUUGGAGAAGUGUUUAACAUCACCAGCCCCACAUCCUUGAUAUUUAUCUUGUCAUAAGUGCAACGUGACUGCAAAAGAGACAGGUUGGAAUGUCAAUUCUCAUCAAAUGAAUAGGAAGUCUGACCGAAAUACGUGACAAAUGUACCUUUUUCCUAAAUUAGUGGUGUUUUAAUUUGUUGAUAAAAUGCGGGACAUGAUUGUUUGGUUGCGGGACGAAGGGCCAAAAUGCGGGACUGUCCCACACAAUCCGGUACAUGUGGUUACCCUACUUGAAUCUUGAACUCUGAAUCAGCUCUUUGUUUACAAAUGAAAGCAUCUGGUUCUCACUGACAGUAUUAUUGCCACUCAUUCAAAUACUUUAAUCCUGGAGUCACCUGCAGUCCAGCCAAGUCCUUGACGUGCUAACAUUUAACCACACUUAGUAUUUCCUCCUGGUUGAAGAGGCUAUACAGAACUUUUGCCUCUGGGGGUGCUCUUGAGCCAAAAGGGGUCCCCUAUAGAGACAGAAAUAUUCUACAGAAAUGACCUCAUUGGACAGAAAGCGGCAGACCUCGCCACACCCAUUUAGGUGCACCAAAAGCUAAAGUUUCACAGUGUAUUUUUAACCUGUGCAGCAGGAAUGACCUGCUGGAAGGAAAUCAGGAAAAAGAGACAACAGAAUUCCCUGGCUGGGUUGAUACUGUUAAAUCUCCAUAGGGAGGAUGGUGUCUGUCUGAAACAGUAAGUCUAUCGCGCUCUCCCAAAAGUUUGGUUGAUGAGUAAAACGCUCUGUGUAUGCUAUCCUGAUGCAGUAAAAACAAAAAUAUAAAAAUGAAGUAAGCUUUAUGCAACGUCUUUUUGAGUGCCGACCAAUCACACUCUAUUGCUUAUCUGAAGCAGUUAGUCUGACUGACAGGUUUAUGAAGCUGGACCAUGUUUAACCUGAGAGAGGCUCACUCACAGCCCGCUCUGAUGGGUGGAUGGAGAGCUUGGUUGUGUCCCAAAAUGGCACCCUAUUCCCUAUAUAGUGCACUACUUUAGACCAGGGCCCGUUGGGAGAUGAAUCGCAGUGUGUCUUGUCUUCUUUUCUCUCUCUCAUUCUCCCUCUCUCUCUGCCUCUUUUCAUCUGUCUUUUAGCGAGACCUGUGGUCAGUCAGUCAUGAGCAGAUUGAGCUGAUAGCUUGAUGAUCUCAGGCCCAGCGUCUGUCUGUCUGUCUGAGGAGUACAGAGAGAGGGUGUGUCUGUCUGUCUGUGUCAUAGUGGAAUGUGGUGGUGCUUAGGUGUGGGGUGGGCAGAGAGGUAGAUGGUGGUGGAUCAAUAUACACUACCGUUGAAAAGUUUGGGGUCACUUAGAAAUGUCCUUGUUUUCAAAAGAAAAGCAAUUGUUUUGUCCAUUUAAAAUAACAUCAAAUUGAUCAGAAAUACAGUGUAGACAUUGUUAAUGUUGUGACUGGCUAUUGUUGCUGGAAAAGGCAGAUUUUUUAUGGAAUAUCUUCAUAGGCGUACAGAGGCCCAUUAUCAGCAACCAUCAGUCCUGUGUUCCAAUGGCACGUUGUGUUUGCUAAUCCAAGUUUAUCAUUUUAAAAGGCUAGUUGAUCAUUAGAAAACCCUUUUGCAAUUAUGUUAGCACAGCUGAAAACUGUUGUGCUGAUUAAAGAAGCAAUACAACUGGCCUUCUUGAGACUAGUUGAGUAUCUGGAGCAUCAGCAAUUGUGGGUUUGAUUAUAGGAUCAAAAUGGCCAAAAACAAAGAACUUUCUUCUGAAACUCGUCAGUCUAUUCUUGUUCUGAGAAAUGAAGGCUAUUCCAUGCGAGAAAUUGCCAAGAAACUGAAGAUCUCAUACAACGCUGUGUACUACUCCCUUCACAGAACAGCGCAAACUGGCUCUAACCAGAAUAGAAAGAGGAGUGGGAGGCCCCGGUGCACAACUGAGCAAUAGGACAAAUACAUUAGAGUGUCUAGUUUGAGAAACAGAUGCCUCACAGGUCCUCAACUGGCAGCUUCAUUAAAUAGUACCCGCAAAACACCAGUCUCAACGUCAACAGUGAAGAGGCGACUCCGGGAUGCUGACCUUCUAGGCAGAGUUGCAAAGAAAAAGCCAUAUCUCAGACUGGCCAAUAAAAAGAAAAGAUUAAGAUGGGCAAAAGAACACAGACACUGGACAGAGGAAGAUUGGGAAAAAAGUGUUAUGGACAGACGAAUCGAAGUUUGAGGUGUUCGGAUCACAAAGAAGAACAUUCGUGAGACUCAGACCAAAUGAAAAGAUGCUGGAGGAGUGCUUGAUGCCAUCUGUCAAGCAUGGUGGAGGCAAUGUGAUGGUCUGGGGGUGCUUUGGUGGUGGUAAAGUGGGAGAUUUGUACAGGGUAAAAGGGAUCUUGAAGAAGGAAGGCUAUCACUCCAUUUUGCAACGCCAUGCCAUACCCUGUGGACGGCGCUUGAUUGGAGCCAAUUUCCUCCUACAACAAGAAAAUGACCCAAAGCACAGCUCCAAACUAUGCAAUAACUAUUUAGUUAAGAAGCAGUCAGCUGGUAUUCUGUCUAUAAUGGAGUGGUCAGCACAGUUACCGGAUCUCAACCCUAUUGAGCUGUUUUGGGAGCAGCUUGACCGUAUGGUACGUAAGAAGUGCCCAUCAAGCCAAUCCAACUUGUGGGAGGUGCUUCAGGAAGCAUGUGGGGAAAUCUCUUCAGAUUACCUCAACAAAUUGACAAUUAGAAUGCCAAAGGUCUGCAAGGCUGUAAUUGCUGCAAAUGGAGCAUUCUUUGAUGAAAGCAAAGUUUGAAGGACACAAUUAUUAUUUCUAUUAAAAAUCAUUAUUUCCUAUUCAAACUCAUUUCAUGUAUGUUUUCAUGGAAAACAAGGACAUUUCUAAUUGAUCCCAAACUUUUGAACGGUAGUGUACAUCAACUGGCCUUUCACAUCUACAAAAAGAAAAUAUACUCUUCCAGUUGUUCAUAAUGUCUUUCUCUUUCUCUCUUUUACUCUCCCUCCCUCCCUCCUUCUAUUCCUCUCCUCCUCCUCUUAUACCCUACAGGUCAGCUACCACCUACGGUUCACCUUUAGUCCCCGUAACGCCCCGGCCCAGGAGAAGUCUGAGCUAAACAUCAACAAUGACUUUGACUGGCACACCCUCAACCUGUUCCCCCUCUUCCAACUUCCCGGUCCCAGGGAGCAGUACGACCUCCAGGGGGGCACGCCCGGUGAGCCCUAACCCUAAUUGUAACCCCAAACCUAUCCCCUAAGUUUAACAUGGCCUUUGUACUCGUGGGGAAGUGGGAAAUGUCCCCACAAUGGAGAAUUUUCCUUGUUUUACUAUCCUUGUGGGGACUUUCAGUGAUUUCCGGUACCCACGAGGAUAAUAAUACACACACACACACACACACACACACACACACACACACAGUCUCAGGCUUUAUAUGUUUGUCUGUGUGUCUGCUCCAGGUCAUCUAUAAUUCACUGCUAGGCAAAUCCACGUCUUAUCUUAGCUCACUGGUCACCAUAGCAACACCCACCAGUAGUCUGCGCUCCAGCAGGUAUAUCUCACUGGUCAUCCCCAAAGCCAACACCUCCUUUGGCCGCCAUUCCUUCCAGUUCUCUGCUGCCAAUGACUGGAACGAACUGCAAAAAUCUCUGAAGCUGGAGACUCUUAUCUCCCUCACUAACUUUAAGCGUCAGUUGUCAGAGCAGCUUACCGAUCACUGCACCUGCACACAGCCAUUCUGAAAUUAGCCCAUCCAACUACCUCAUCCCCAUAUUGUUAUUUAUUUUGCUAAUUUGCACCCCAGUGUCUCUAUUUGCACAUCAUCUUUUGCACAUCUAUCAUUCCAGUGUUAAUACGAAAUUGUAACUAUUUUGCACUAUGGCCUAUUUAUUGCCUUAGCUCCAUAAUUUACUACAUUCGCACACACUGUAUACAGUGGGGGAAAAAAGUAUUUAGUCAGCCACCAAUUGUGCAAGUUCUCCCACUUAAAAAGAUGAGAGAGGCCUGUAAUUUUCAUCAUAGGUACACGUCAACUAUGACAGACAAAAUGAGAAAAAAAAAUCCUGAAAAUCACAUUGUAGGAUUUUUUAUGAAUUUAUUUGCAAAUUAUGGUGGAAAAUAAGUAUUUGGUCAAUAACAAAAGUUUCUCAAUACUUUGUUAUAUACCCUUUGUUGGCAAUGACACAGGUCAAACGUUUUCUGUAAGUCUUCACAACGUUUUCACACACUGUUGCUGGUAUUUUGGCCCAUUCCUCCAUGCAGAUCUCCUCUAGAGCAGUGAUGUUUUGGGGCUGUCGCUGGGCAACACAGACUUUCAACUCCCUCCAAAGAUUUUCUAUGGAGUUGAGAUCUGGAGACUAGCUAGGCCACUCCAGGACCUUGAAAUGCUUCUUACGAAGCCACUCCUUGAUGAUCCACACUCCCGGGCGGUGUGUUUGGGAUCAUUGUCAUGCUGAAAGACCCAGACAAUGUGAUUUUCUGGAUUUUUUUUUCUCAAUUUGUCUGUCAUAGUUGACGUGUACCUAUGAUGAAAAUUACAGGCCUCUCAUCUUUUUAAGUGGGAGAACUUGCACAAUUGGUGGCUGACUAAAUACUUUUUUUCCCCACUGUAUAUAUUUUCUGUUGUAUUUUUGACUUUAUGUUUUGUUUACCCCAUAUGUAACUCUGUGUUGUUUUUAUCGCACUGCUUUGCUUUAUCUUGGCCAGGUCGCAGUUGUAAAUGAGAACUUGUUCUCAACUGGCUUACCUGGUUAAAUAAAGGUUAAAUAAAAAAAUUAAUAAAAUAAGAUAUUGCCUGUGUGCAUGUUAAGACGGAUUACUGAUAAGACAGACAGAGCGAAGAGAGAGAUGGUGAGGGAAAGUGUUGGGAGGGAGGGAAGAAGACGUGGAAUGAGUGAUCAAUUCAGAGCGAGUCCGAGGGAAUUGGAGAGAAGGGUGUCAAAGUAUGUUUAUGGGUGAUUGUCCAUUCCAAUCAUUUCUGUAAUCAAAAUCCUGAUUAUUUGACAGGGCAGAGGAGCAAUAUAAUAUUUAAAAGAUAAGUACUGCAUUAUAGAUUCACUGGAUGAGAACUCCAGGGUUGUGUUCAUUAGGCCCCAAACGGACUGAAACAGGGAGGAACUAUCUGGACUGGUCCAAUAAGAAAUACUCCUUUUUGUGUUCCGUUGCAAAACAUUUUCAGUUGCGUGCCCUAAUGAACACCACCCUGAUCUGUCAUCCAUGUUGGUUAAUGAGACAUUAUUGACAGUGAAUCUUUUCAAGCAUAAACACAGUAAAUAUAGUAAACAAACACCAACUGUUUCUGCAGGCUCCUUCGGGAACAGUGGAUCAGAGCCAGAUACGAGAGGAAUGAGUUUGUGUGUGUGGAGAGACAGUAGCUGUCUGAAGCAUGACAAACACUUUUUUUUUAUUAAACACAACUCUACUUUGCAUAAAAGUGUCUCCUAAAUGGCAUAUACUAUAUAAAAUGUCAAAAUCUGUACUCCUACACAGGUGGGUUUAACCAACUGCCGCAGUCAGGUGCACUGUCAUUCUCUUGUUUUCACAGAUCACACACUCGAUGGGAGAGCUUUAGCUAUUUGCACAGCCCCUUGAAAGAUAACAUUUCCUCCCUGCUCCCUCCUUGUUCCCAUGGCAACCCUGGCUUUGUGUCACAGGGCCACAGUGUUUGGCUGAGCCCUGUAAUCUAGUGAUACCCUCUUGUCACACUACCUUUCUGACCCAAACUGUAUUUUUCACAGCUUUGCCUUUAUCAUCAGGAAACUUGAUGUUUUUUUUUUUUUUUGUCCAUCCACAUGGAUGCACUUAGUUCUCUCUGAUAAAUGGUGAUAGUGAUGGCUCAGAUAGUUGUUUUUAGAUCUUUUCCAGAAUAUUUCCAGAAACGAUGGUGGUGGUUGCAUAACAAGUAGUAUAUUAUAUAGAGAAUAGGAUGCCAUUUGAGAUUUGCCCCAUCUCUCUGCUCAUGGCUCCAGGUCCUCCAUCGUUGAUCCUGGCCUUUUGAUGCCCUUCCUCCUUCCUUUUUGAAGCUAUGUCCAUAUUCUGACUCCCGGAAGAGGAAGAGAUGAUUAACGAGGGAUGAGAACAGGAGAGAUGGCGUUCUGGUGUCCUCUACUGAGCCAGACCUUUGAUCUAAAAUUAAGUGGCUGUGUUAAUGUGUCUCUAAUGGGAGAUAUCAGGGUCAUGUUCAUUAAAGCACACAAUGGAAAACGUUUAUGAAAAUGUUCCAUUCUUAUUGGUAGUCCCUCCCUGUUUCAGUGUUUUUUUUUUCUUCAUUACUGAGGCCUAGCUCCUGCCUCUUAAUGCCAGUUAUCCCUUCAUCAGUUCAGAUUGUUCAGUGAAUAGCUGUUGUCAUCAUUUUCAGAUCAGCAUAUGUUAAUAUGAACUUUUGGUGGGGUGAAGGAAUGAUCUGGUAAAAAGGUCAGAUAAUGAGUCAUAAUUUCCUGUUUAUCUCCAUGGUAAUGGAAGAGUGUCAUACUUAGAACCAGAUGUUUUUUCCCACCAAAAUAUGACAUGAACAGGAAAAACAAUGGGCCCUAGGGAUAGGCUCUAACUAGGGCUCAGAGUUUUGCCAGGUCAAGUCAGGUGGUCAGGAAAAACUUGUGUCCGUGUCGUCAUGACUUGUGUCCGUGUCGUCAUGACUUGUGUCCGUGUCGUCAUGACUUGUGUCUGUGUCGCCAUGACUUGUGUCCGUGUCGCCAUGACUUGUGUCCGUGUCGCCAUGACUUGUGUCCGUGUCGCCAUGACUUGUGUCCGUGUCGUCAUGGCUUGUCAGUGUCAUCAUGACUUGUGUUUGACAACAUUGUCAGGAGACUGAUGAAAGAAACUCCCUAGGCUCCAGCCCAUGCUUUUACUGAUCCAUAGGGAGGAAUGCACAGGGGCCCACAUUGUGAGAAUUGAGACGCAUUUAUUCUAACAUAACCUGGCUCCUCUUUGUAGGUUACUUCCGCGAGGGCUUCCUGGCGGUGCAGCAUGCGGUCAACCGGGCCAUCAUGCGUUCCUAUAACAGCACGGGAGCAGCCUGGCUCCUCUCCCGCACCCGGGUGGUCCUCCGCCGGUUUCCCUUCCCACCGUUCAUCUACGACGUGUUCAUACUGGCCAUCCAGAACCAGCUGCCCCUCCUCCUGGUGCUCAGCCUCACCUACACCUCCCUGAACAUCGUGAGGGCCGUGGUGCAGGAGAAGGAGAGGAAGCUCAAGGUGGGUGAAGGGGUGAGGUGGUGGAUUACCUGUCUGUCAAUCAAGCAAACUGUUAAUCUCACUCUACUCACUCUCUACAGGAGUACAUGCGGAUGAUGGGCCUCAGUAACUGGCUGCACUGGAUGGCCUGGUUCCUCAUGUUCUUCCUCUUCCUCUCCAUCUCCAUGUUCUUCGUCACGCUGCUCUUCUGCAUCAAG